CGCGCCGCUCCGCAGCCACGCAUGGCGCCGUCCCGCCGCAGCAGAGAGCGCGAAGGGCCGCAGCCGCGAAGCGCUCCUGAUCGGCGACCACCGCCGCGAAGCCCGGCGCUAACAUGGCAGCGGGGCCGCGGGCAGCAGGCGGAGCGCGGCCCGGUCAGCUCCCACGGCGCGGACUGCGAGCGCGGCCCCCGCCCGGCGCUGGGAGCCUCCCCCCGCCCGGGGAACGCAGACGAGAUCGGCACCUCGGCGUGUCGGCCUGCUCCUCGCAGCGCUGCGAGCCGCGCUUCCCACUCGGCUCCCUGAAAAAGCAGAGAGGGGUUGGUCAGGCCCGGGCCCCGCUCUCCUUUCCUUCCCCUCCCCUCCGCUCCCUUCCCCCGCACCGCCGGAGAGGGGGGGGAAUCCGAGCGGCGGUCCCGGCCGCGCGGGCUGCGAGCUCUCCCCUACCCGGCCCCGGCUCCGCCGCCGCCCGGCUCUGCUGCGGCCCCGAGCCAGGCGCGGCGCGGCACUGCGCAGGCGGCGGGCGGCGACGCCGCGCUCCUGGGACAUGUAGUCCCGCGGCCAUGCAGUCCCGCGGGCACGGAGCCCCGGCCCGGGUUCUUUCUUCAGCCCCCACCGAGGCUGCGUUUCGGCGGAGCAUCUCCGAUGUGGGGCUGCUGCUGGGUGGCGCGGGGAAAAAUCGGGCUCGGAGCGGUCACUUCACGCUGCGUGGCACUGAUGGGCACCGUUCCCUGGGAUGCAUCCAGACGGACGCUGCCCUUCUCCCGCAGCUGCUUUACAAGGAAGGGCUCGGCCAGCCCUGCGGAUGGAAACGCACGGUGACAAAUAGACUAUCCCAAGAUCCUCAGAAAGCACAGAGCUCGCUGUCUGCCCACAGGAUGGGGCCUUGCACAGCUUCACCAUGGCAAGCAGGCGGCUGA